ACUGACAACUCAUGGGGCCCCCGGGCAAUAGAGGAUCAUGGGGCCCCUGUGUCCUUGCCCAAACUCAAAAAAGCCUAUGAAAAAGGUACCAGGGGCAUCUCAUGGGGCCCCCUACUGACCCCGGGCCCUCGGGCAGUGCCCGAGUUUCCAAAUGGUCAGUCCGCCCCUGCCCAGCAACACGCAUUUUCUUCAACACUUGCAGACUGGAGACAGUAAACAGUAUUGAGCUUGGAUGGAGAACUGUGAACAUGAGGACAAAUCUCUUUAGCACUUCAUUUUGAAUUUUU